AUGCGAGCGGUUUCUCCAGAAAUUUUAGCUGCCCUGCAAAAGAACCCCAAAAAUAUAAGAAAUAUUUGUAUCUUAGCUCAUGUUGAUCAUGGAAAAACAACAUUGGCAGACUCACUUUUGGCAAGCAAUGGCAUUAUAUCCCAAAAAAUGGCUGGUCAGAAUGAAAAUUAUUUGAUAAAUGUCAUUGAUUCUCCUGGUCAUGUGGAUUUUUCUGGUGAAGUUUGUACUGCUGUCCGCUUAUGUGAUGGAGCUGUCAUUCUUAUUGAUGUUGUUGAAGGAAUUUGCCCUCAAACAAAAAUUGCUCUGCAACAAGCUUGGAUAGAACAUAUACAGCCUCUUCUUGUUUUAAAUAAAAUUGAUAGAUUAAUUUUAGAAUGGAAAUUGACCCCAUUGGAUGCCUAUGCACACUUAGUACAGAUAUUAGAACAAAUAAAUGCUGUUGUAGGAGAACUUUUUGCUUCAGAUGUCCAUAAAAAGUCUGAAAAUAAAGCAGCUGAAGAAGAAGAUAAGCGGCAAGAAAAUCUUCAGACUUUUGAUUGGAGCAGUGGCUUAGAUGAUUCAGAUGAUUCUAAAGUCUAUUUUUCACCUGAACAAGGAAAUGUUGUUUUUGCAAGUGCAUUAGAUGGUUGGGGAUUUAGAGUAUCACACUUUGCAAAAAUAUAUUCCACAAAGUUGGGUGCCAGGGAAAAGGUUUUGAAGAAAACUCUUUGGGGUGACUUUUAUUACAACUCCAAAACUAAACAAAUUAUGAAAGGAGCUCAGACUAAAGCAAAGAAGCCAUUAUUUGUACAGUUUAUAUUAGAAAAUAUAUGGUCUGUCUAUGAAGCAGUUUUGAUUCAAAGGGAUAAAGCUAUGAUAGAAAAAAUAACAAAGUCUUUAAAUUUGACAAUUGCACCAAGAGAUGCAAACCACAAAGAUCCGAAAAUUCCUCUUAAAGCUAUUUUUGGACAAUGGCUUACUUUAGCAGAAGCAGUAUUAGCGAUGGUGUGUGAUUUUGUUCCAAGUCCAUUUGAAUUGAGUGAAGAUAAAAUUGAGGGUCUUAUGUGCUCAAGUGCUGUUAAGUUUGAUGCUUUACCAAUUGAGACACAGAAAUUAAAAACAGCGAUGGUGUGUGAAUUUGUUCCAAGUCCAUUUGAAUUGAGUGAAGAUAAAAUUGAGGGUCUUAUGUGCUCAAGUGCUGUUAAGUUUGAUGCUUUACCAAUUGAGACACAGAAAUUAAAAACAGAUUUCAUGAAAUGCUCAUCUUCUGAAAAUGCUCCUGUUAUUAUAUGUGUUUCAAAAAUGUUUCCAGUGGAAAGGAAAAUGUUGCCUGAAAAUAGACAAAGGCCUCUUACAGCUGAGGAAAUUGCAUUGCGAAGGGAAGCAGCAAGACAAAGGCAUGCCGAAAAGCGUAAAGAAAACUCAGAAAAUGAAAGCACUGAUAUUUCUCCACAAGAUCAAAAAGAGCAGGAAUCUGAAGCUGAGAAUGAAACAGCAUUUGUUGCAUUUGCUCAUCAAAAAGAGCAGGAAUCUGAAGCUGAGAAUGAAACAGCAUUUGUUGCAUUUGCUCGUAUUUACAGUGGAUCUGUACAUAAGGGACAGCAGCUGUAUGUUUUAGGGCCUAAACAUGAUCCGGAAAAGGCUUUAAAUUCCGACAAUCCUAUAUCUGAAGAAAUUACAGUGCAUGACCUUAAUCCAGAACAACAUAUCACUUUAGCUACUGUGAAAAGUUUAUAUCUUUUAAUGGGCAAAGAACUUAUUGAAAUUACAUCAGUUCCUGCUGGCAAUGUAAUUGGCAUUGGAGGACUGGAAGAUCAUGUUUUAAAAUCGGCUACUUUAUCUAGCACAGUUGCUUGUCCCAGUUUUGUUGAUUUGCAUUCUUCAACCGUUCCAAUUGUUAGAGUUGCUGUUGAACCUACACAUCUCCGAGAAAUGCCUGACCUUGUUAAAGGACUGCGCCUCUUAAAUCAAGCUGAUCCUUGUGUUCAAGUCUUUGUUCAAGAAACUGGUGAACAUGUGCUUGUAUCAUCUGGAGAAGUUCACCUCCAACGCUGUGUCGAUGAUUUAAAGGAAAGGUUGCUGUCUCAAGAUGAACCUUCUACUGAAGACUCAGAAAGUGCAGAAUACAUUUAUCUAAAAACCUCAAAUAAAUUAUCUUGUAUUAAAAUGUGUGCAAAACCUUUGCCACCUGCAGUUACAAAAUGUUUAGAAGAUAACUCUGUGUUACUUAAAAUAAUAGAUCAAAUUUACUCAUGCCGUGGAGAAGAAGAAAGCAUUUUAACACCAGAAACAAUAAAGAGGAUAAGUGAACUGAAAAAUAAAUUAAAUGAUUAUUUUCUUGAAGCUGGAGAAGAAUGGACCUUUGCUGUUGAACAAAUUUGGUCCUUUGGACCCAGAAGAUGUGGACCAAAUAUUCUUCUCAAUCGUAUUCCUUCUUACAAACGUCCUUCUGUUUGGACAUCAAGCAAAACAGAUUCUACUGAAUCUUUGCAUUUCAGUUAUGAUAGUACUUUUAUCAGUGGUUUUCAACUUGCAACUCUUUGUGGACCCCUAUGUGAAGAACCUAUGAUGGGUGUAUGUUUCAUAGUUGAAGACUGGACUUUUGAGAAAGAUGUGUAUUUAAAUACUGUUGAAACUGCUGAAGAGGAUAUUUUAAAUGUUUCUAAAGAUGAAGAUGCUUUAAGUAAACAUUUAGAAGUAUCUGAAACUGUUAGCAUUGCUUCUAGUGGUCCUAGUAGUGCAAGUAGUACACCAUUUGGACCCUUUACUGGACAAAUAAUGUCCACAGUUAAAGAGGCAUGUAGAAGAGCUUUCCAAGCAAGACCUCAACGGUUGAUGUCGGCUAUGUAUUGUUGCAAUAUACAAGGUGAUAAACAUGCUUGUUGUUGUCAUCUUGAAAAACAAGGGUAUCGACUGCAUACUCUUCAUGAAGAUGUUGACUGA